UGAGGUGGACGAACAAACCUUUGCCUCAUCGUUCCCGCUCCUGUCCACUCGAAGAAGGCUCCCCCUCUCUCAGGAAAGGUGGGUAUUGGGUUAACGGGGAACAAAGCAAGACGUGGUCCACAACUGGCGCUUCUCCUCGUUCUUCGUGUUCCUCACUAAAAGCGAGCGUCUUCCAGGCUUCCCAAAAGGCUCUCAAGUGUUCCUCAGAGGUCUCCAGUUGAGCGAGGAUCUAACAAGGGAACAGAAGGGAUCAGCUUCGGUGCAUUCUAUAAAAGUGAUUUCACACAAGUGUGCUUUGGCCUAAAAAGCUUUGACUAAGUUCGAGUCUUUCUUGACUUUGGUGUCCGAUAUGCUGUGCAUUUGAAUGGAUUACAGUACAGUAGUGCUUUUUUUAAUAGUUCAUUGGUGAAAAACGGUCCGGUGGAUGAAGGAAGCCUUGAGUGAAAUAUGUAUUUUCCAACAUAGUCCAUAUAAUAAGGAAGAUAAUUGAUCAAUCAUCUUGACAUACGUCAGUACAGGUUUGGCCACGAUGAUGAAGCAAAAGCACCGAUGGCCCAGGAUCCUCCUUUGUCUCAACCUAUUGAAUCCAAUUUGGGCUCUUCAAUUCGACUCUUCAUGCAAUGUGACCCUGGGAUUGGAGAGUGGAACCGUGGAUGAUACUGAUAUGACCGCAUCGUCCUCGUUUGAUCAUCAUAGCACUGGACCCCAAAAUGCCAGAUUAAACGUGGACGUUCGUGGGGGAGCUUGGUGCCCCAAACAAGCGGUUCAUGAGGGCGUCAAGGAAUGGAUCCAAGUUGAUUUGAAGAAGAUCCACAUUAUCACAGGCAUUGUCACACAGGGACGAUAUGGCAAGGGCAAGGGUCGCGAAUUCGUUGAGAACUUCAUGAUCGAAUACAAACGGCCCGGAUUGGAUGAGUGGAAAGUGUAUUCGAAUCAAAAAGGAAAACGGAUAUUCCAAGGGAAUUCCGAUACCCUUACUCCUCGCUACACUGUUUUGGACCCCCCUAUCUUUGGCAGUCAUGUUCGCAUUAUUCCCCAUAGUAUUCAUCCGCGAAUUGUUUGCCUCCGGUUGGAGCUUCAUGGGUGCUUGGAUCAAAGCGGCAUUUUGGCAUACUCUUCGCCUUCCCCGGAUCUACCGGGAACCUCGAAUAUUGCCCUAGAUAAUCGUCAAGAAUGGUGGUCCGAGCAAGAUCGAGGGAUCCUCAAUGACGGUUAUCUUGGACAGGAUGUCCUUUCCUUAACGGAUGUUCCCAGUUAUGACCAAGGCUGGAUGGGUUGGAAGCGAAAAGGCUCGAGCCCAAUCGAGCUCAUCUUCGAAUUCGAUGCUCCGCGAAAUUUCUCCUUUAUCCACAUUUUCAUCUCGAACCGAUUCGAGUUCGAGGUGAGCGUCUUCAAACGGGCCCAAAUUUGGUUCAGUGUGGGGGGUGAGCACUAUUUGGGCGAUCCCGUGACGUUCGAAUACAUGCCCGAUAAGAGUCUCCAAGAAUCGAGGAAUGUGUCGAUUGGACUGAAUGGCCGAGUCGGACGAUUUGUCAAGGUGCAUCUGGUGUUCGAGGCAAUUUGGAUAUUGGUCAGCGAAAUCACCUUCGAGUCCACACCCGUGAACGAAGAGAUAUUGGGCGAGGGAACUUUUUCCACGUUAUCCCCUAACCAACAAGGCCCGGUCAGGUCGACCACGAAAAGUUCUUCGAUAAUAGAUACUGCUGAGAGCGCAGAGCAGAUGAGCACACCAAGACCGGACGACAAUAUUCAGCAAGUUGCGGAAAAUAGUGUGUAUUUAGAGGUGAUUAUCGGCGUCUUGACGGCCGUCACAUUGUUACUCCUUUUUCUCUUCAUCGUGGUCCUUUGGUAUAGUCGAAGGCAGAAGUUACUUCAUUCGCCCACCUCAAGAUCCUUGAACCCAUUUCCAGUGCAACUUAAUAUGAAGGAUCUGUUGAUGAAUUUUUCCACCACCCCAAACGCCGCCAAUUCAGGGGAGACUGAGCUCGUGGCCUCGUCGAAUUUGAUGGUGUCCUCUCCGGCGAAUAUCACCACCAAUCCAAAUUAUAUGAACGGAACCACUGCUGAUGAGAUCACGACCAGCUUUUAUGAUACAUUCAGAGGCCAGCCCAUCUAUGAGGAACAUCAAGUCUUGGAAGACGCUCGCACGAAGUGGCACUCCACUGGUCAUGUGCCAGAGAGCCGAUCUCAUUUCCGCUCUAGUUUGACCACUGCACCAGGAAACACAUUGGCCAUGGCAGGAAGUGGCAUGCUUGUGAACAAUAAUGUCACCGAAUAUGCUAGUGUGGACAUUCAGAGCAUGACUGCCGCCAACAACGGAAUGAGUAGAUUUCAGGGUCCAACGGCCGGGACGUUUACGGCAGGCCAGCAUUCUAAUUACCGAAGCCUCCAACCUCAAUCCAAUCCUUCGGGGGGCCUAUUACGGGGGCCACUACACAAUAACAAGCAGACGCUGCCUCAACAACAACAUCCGCAUCAGCAGCAAGUGUUCAACCUUGGCAAUUAUUUUCCAAGGGUCUCCUCAGAGCCUCCCAGUCGGAAGAGUUAUGGGUCUGUUUCCACCAAUGGGAAAGAGAGGUUAGACACGAAGCCCCUCGCUCCUCCAUCUCAAGGUUUGCCCAUGGCUCAGACUUUGUGGAAUCUCACCACCUCGGUUCAAGCGUUGUGUAAACAGGUGAAUGGUUCCACUUUGGAGGAAGUCCCCAGAAGUCAGCUCCGACUCAAAGAAUCCCUCGGCAGAGGAUGCUUCGGGGAGGUUCUCGUUUGCGAAAUCGACACGGCGUAUUCAAAUGUCCCACAAGCUGUGGCCGUGCGAUCUUGCUCCACAUUCAACGAGGAACAAGAGGAGUUCCUACGAGAAUGUCGCUUUCUUGUCUCGCUCCAGCAUCCCAAUAUUGCUCGAUUGGUCGGGGUAUCAACCAGUCAAGAUCCAUUUUGUUCAAUCUUAGAGCAUUCUGCACAGGGCGACCUCUACCAUUUCCUGAGGCAGUACCCUUGCGUGGUGGGAUGCCCCUCGAGUUCCCCCACAACUAGCACCCUAACCACCUCCUUGUCACCUCAAUCCUCCUCAUGUUCCCCUGCUUCGUCGGCCAACAACAAUAGAGAUGGAUCGAUCCUGUCUGGUCGAGGCAGUUUGCACACGCCAGUCAACGGCGUGAACACCGUGGUGGCAGCAUCCAGUGCAGGGAUCUCUUACCACAGAUUGCUUGAGAUCUCAGCCCAAAUCGCGGCUGGGAUGCGUUACCUCGAGAGUCGGAACGUGGUGCAUAAAGAUUUGGCCGCAAGGAAUUGCAUUGUCACCGAGGGCAACCAAGUCAAAAUAUCCGACGUGGCCAUGGGUAUCUCUUUAUUCAACAGUGACUACUCCGAGGUCCGAGGUCGGAGCUGUGCCCCCAUUCGAUGGCAAGCUUGGGAGACAAUUUUGUUGGGUCGAGUAACUCCGAGUAGUAACGUCUGGACUUUUGCGGUCACUUUGUGGGAGAUCCUUACUUUGUGCCGCCAGAGGCCCUUCACCCAACUGACAGAUGUAGAAGUGAUCCAAAACGCUGAGAAGAUCUACUACAACGAUACCUUGCAGCACGACCUGCUGCCACCUGAUCAUUGUGAGAUGGAUGUGUGGGAAAUGAUGGAGGAAUGCUGGAGCCGAGACGAGGAUCGCCGACCCAAUUUCACCGAGAUCAACUUGUUCCUCAAAAGGAAAUCCUUGUCAAGAGAUCCUCACAAUGUUCCAAUCAUUCAAGCAGCUUUGGGUACAAUGAGCUCAGCCUCUUAUGACGUGGAAGUUUGAAGAAUGAAUUUCUUUCAGGAGUCACUAAUCUGCAUUUCAAUUGAAAAACACAUCAGUACAAAUCCAAACUUGAUUCAAGUACCCAACUUAGAAUUAGGUUCUAGAUCCACCAAUGAUUGUCUUGAAUCAAGCAUCGUAAUUUGCUAGCUACCUAUCUUCUGCGUUAUUGUCAGCCCCAAGUAAAGAUUUACCCACUAUACUGUAUUAUCCACCACAUAUCUAGAUGUCGAACCCCGUGCCUUCAGACCAUCUUCGUCGUGUUCUUCACAAUACAUAGAGGCUUUGAAAAUACCAAUCAAAAACUGCACUAAUCGUGACCAACGCGUACGGCAGCUCAACCAGAAUUAUGAGACUGUGCUCGUCUGAGAAAAAAUAAAACCAAUCUUUUUUUUUUUCAAACCUA